AUGGGGUCAAAAUUCCUUUGCAGGAAGGUAUUAAGAGGCGAAAGUACCAGUGGUGUGGCUACCUGGGAGGACAACGAUGGUAUCUUUUCUCUCUUUGAAGAUGGUAGUGAGAUCCGAUCAUUCGAGGAGCCAUUGGAAGAUCUUCUGCAUCAAGCUGGCACAUCAUCUGCGGUAUGGGCCAUUGGAUCCAACGCGAUUUGCAAGGUCAAAACCUGGACGGACGGAAUGGAGAUGGAAAGCAGCACUCUGGCAUUUAUCAAGGCCAGUGCUCCUAAUAUUCCGGUUCCUGACGUCAUAUACGCUUGGUUGGAUGAGGAGUUGAGCCGGACAUUUUUGAUCCUAAAGCGUGUUCAAGGCAACACGCUGGCCAAAGCAUGGCCUUCACUCGCUUCAGAGAAAAGAGUUUACAUAGCUAAUACUGUCGCCCAGUAUUGCUCUGACCUUGCAAAGAUUACUUCCGACAAACUCCAGUCAGCAACUGGAAGGGGGGUACUCGAACCGUUUCUGAACGUGCGCGCCAAAGACUCUCAUCCGUCGUGGAGACCUCGACUACUAGGACCUAUGUCUUCUGCUUCUAGUGAAAAAUAUCUGCAGAGGAUAUCAAAGCUCUGUAGUCCUCCUGUUACAGAUGCAUUCUAUUUUUAUCAUGCGGACCUUGGGCCGACAAACAUUUUGAUCUCCGAGGAUGGAAUGGUUGAAGCAAUUCUGGACUGGGAAUCUGCUGGAUUUUAUCCAAGGUUCUGGAUCUCUCUGAAGCCUUACAUAAGCCCCGGCUUCUGCCUCCCGGUUGCCGAUGAUCGCUAUGCUUGGGCAGACCUCUUAAUAGCCAAACUCACGGGGAAAGGAUUUGUUCUGGAUAUGACGUGCGUUGAGUGGUACAAAAAGCUGGAUUUAGAGUUCUUUGAUACAACAACGUUCGAUAUUUGA